AGAAGGUCGAUUACGCAACACGUUGUAUGAGUUCCUCCACUACUGAUUUAUUCAGGAAUAGAAUAAACCGAUAAGACCGAUCACCUAAAAAUAAAGAAUGGAUGUAACCAUCCGUCCAGCUCGGGAAGAGGACUUUGAAGAGGUUGUUGCUUGGCAUCAAGAGAAUGGAUGGGUAGAUGAUGUUGAAGAUCUCAAGUUGUUCAAGAGAGUCUAUGGAGAUGGGGUCAUUGUUGCCGAAGAUAAUACAGGCAGCCCCGUUGGAUUUGCUACAUGGAAUAUCUUAGGUCCCGAUAUUGGACUUGGAGGAAAAAUCAUUGUGAAGAAAGAACACCGUGGUAAGGGCAUUGGGAAGAAACUAGUAUGUGCCUACAAGUCCUGCAUUGGGGAUCGUAAUGCAUGGCUACACGCCGAAAUCCAUACUGUUGAUUUUUACAAGAAGUAUGGAUUUGUCCACGAAGGUUACAAUGCAGAAAUAUUUCUUGGUUCGUUACACAGAGAUGUGGCGUUAGAUGUGGAUUCAACGGUGGAAGUUGUCCGUCGUGGUGUUGCUGCAUCAAUUGAUGAUAUAGUAGCGUAUGAUGAGGAAAUCACCGGACUCCAAGAUCGUAAAGCUUUCCUAACUGAGUUUGCUGUUGGCUCUGAAAAUUAUCUCAUAUCUGCGACUAAAGAUGGUAUUAUCGUUGGGUUCCUUAUAGCACAUCUUAUCAAGAACGUUUACAGAGUUGCACCAUUUUAUGCUGAUACUGCAAAAAUUGCUAAUAGGCUGAUUCAAUUCCUAUCAUCGGAGAUUCCCGAAGGUUCUACCAUUGAGCUCAACACGUUUACUGUUACCGAGUCCAUCGAGUAUAUCACUGAGAAAUAUAAAUUGAAGAAGAUGGACAGUGCGUUGGCGCUAUUCAGUAAAAACAGUGUAAACUUCCCCAUGGAGAAAAUCUAUUCGUUUGCCCCCGGCUUUUAGAUGUUAAGGAACUAGUGGUACACCCAUGAUCAAUGAGACUGAAAACUCGUAUAGAUGUUGGAUCGUUCGACUUAAAGUGUUUUUGCAAGCCCUGUUUCGUCAAAUCAUUGUUUAAAAUACUGCUUGUAUAAAAUUUACAAAAACACGUAUGCGUAGCAAAUCAGCAAUGAACUUUGAAAG